AUGUUGGAAAACGAAUCUGCCGCGACCAUUAUUAUCCUGGUCUCGGGAGCCGUGGGCCUCGUGUGGGCCCUCAUCCAGUACGCAACCAUUGCUAAGAUCACCAUUCGUGGAGGCGCCGGUGGAGAAAACGAAGGACUCACGGGUGGAAACGACGAAGAGACCCUCAAGCGUCUGGAAGAAAUCUACACUGCUAUUGUCGAAGGAGCUGAAUCUUUCUUGAGGGCUGAAUAUCAGGUCUGCUUUGUCUUUAUCAUGGUCUUCUCUUUGAUUAUUCUGGUCCUUGUGGCCUGGGGAACAGGUUGGGAUGCCGCUCGUGGAUUUUUCACUGCCAUUAGUUUCCUAUUGGGUGCCAUCACUUCCAUGGCCAGUGGAUAUUUGGGCAUGAAAGUAGCCGUUUUUUCCAAUGUCAGGACCACCCUUGCUGCCCAAAAGUCCGGAUGGACUUACUGCUUCAACACUGCUUUCCGUGCCGGUGCUGUCAUGGGAUUUGCCCUCUGUGGACUCGGAAUGAUUAUGCUUUAUUUGACAAUGUUGGCUUACCGUAUCCACUAUCCUGAACCUGAAGAUUGGGUUCAUCUCACCGAAUGCAUCACUGGAUAUGGAUUGGGAGGAUCCGUCAUUGCUAUGUUUGGACGUGUUGGAGGAGGUAUUUACACCAAGGCGGCUGAUGUUGGAGCUGAUUUGGUCGGAAAAGUCGUCCAUGGAAUUCCUGAAGAUGAUCCUCGUAACCCUGCUACCAUUGCUGAUAAUGUUGGCGACAAUGUGGGAGAUGUGGCCGGUAUGGGAUCUGAUUUGUUCGGAUCCUUCGCUGAAUCUACCUGUGCUGCCCUGGUUAUUGGAUCUGGGAUUGGAGCUAUCGGAGGCUGGAAUGCCAUGGUUUUCCCCCUUGUUGUCUCGGCUGUUGGUCUCUUCGUGUGCUUGAUCUGCUCCUUCAUUGCUACCCACAUUCGCCCCGUCAAGGCCGAGAAUCAAGUUGAAGAGGCUCUCAAGCUCCAGCUCAUCAGUACAACUGUUCUCAUGAUUCCAGCUGUCUACGUGGCUUCCAUCCUUUACCUUCCCGCUGAGUUCGCCCUCGAGAGCACCGUGGGAAAGAAGAUCUUCACCCUUCACCCCUGGGAAGCUUGCGUCUGCGUUGUAAUGGGUGCCGUUGGUGGAUUGAUCAUUGGUCUCAUCACUGAGUACUAUACAUCUCACUCCUACAGCCCUGUCCGUGAACUUGCCCACAGUUGCAAGACUGGUGCUGCCACUAAUAUGAUUUACGGAAUUGCCUUGGGAUACAAGUCUGCCAUCAUCCCAGUCUUGGUCCUUUCCGUUGUCAUUUACGGUUCAUUUGCUCUGUGCGAUAUGUACGGUGUCGCCCUUGCUGCAAUCGGAUUCCUCUCCAACUUGGCCACUGGAUUGACCAUUGAUGUCUAUGGUCCCGUCUGCGAUAACGCUGGAGGUAUCGCCGAGAUGGCUGAAUUGGACCCAGCUGUUCGCGAAAAGACCGAUGCCUUGGAUGCCGCCGGAAAUACCACUGCUGCUAUUGGAAAGGGAUUUGCUAUUGGUUCUGCUGCACUUGUGUCUCUGGCCCUCUUCGGUGCAUUUGUCACUCGUAUUCGCCAUGCAUCCAACGAUACUUUGUUUGCCGAUGGUGUCAACAUGUUGGAGCCUGUUACAUUUUCCUUCCUCAUCAUCGGAGGUAUGAUUCCUUUCGCCUUUGCUGCCAUGACAAUGAAGAGUGUUGGUCUCGCUGCCAUGCAGAUGGUUUUGGAAGUUCAGCGCCAAUUCGAUGAAAAGCCCCACCUCUUGGACGAUAAUCCGACUGAACGCCCCGACUACGAUGCCUGCAUUGCCAUUUCCACUCAAGCUUCCUUGAAGGAGAUGAUCCCUCCCGGUGCCAUGGUCAUUUUCACUCCUCUCUUGACUGGAAUUCUCUUUGGAGUCAACGCCGUUUCGGGACUUCUUGUUGGCGCUCUCAUUGCCUCCGUUCAGCUUGCAAUCUCCAUGUCCAACGCUGGUGGAGCUUGGGAUAACGCCAAAAAGUACAUUGAAAAGGCAUCUCCCGACUCUGAGCUCAAGGGCAAGGGAUCUGACAUCCACAAGGCCGCAGUUGUUGGAGACACUGUUGGAGAUCCGUUCAAGGAUACCUCAGGACCUGCUUUGAACAUUGUGAUGAAGCUGAUGGCUGUUCUUUCCUUGGUGUUUGCCGAUACUUUCUACGCUGUCAACAAUGGAGCCGGUCUCUUGAAGCUCAGUUAG